AUGUCAGGUUCACCGGAUCAGACUUCCGUCCCAUCUGCUAAUGAUGAUCGUGUGGUGGUGUCUCUUACUGUGGAUUUCAGCAGUUUAGCUUCGCAUUCCGUCUCCCUUUCCACACGAACCGUACGCGCCCAAACCAGAAAGUUGAACGCCGGUGGCACUUGUAGUGUAACAAUAACUGAACAACGCAAACUGUCAAAAGAACGACUUGCAAAGAAAGAACGUCAACAGGCACAGGAGGAGGGGGAAGACCUUCAGCGUUGCGAAGUGGAUAGCCAGGUGUCUCGUGAUGGCGACAUCAAAGAGGAGCAUUUGGCGGCUAAGUCGUGUCAGGCCAACGAGUCCUCAAGGCCUGAACGCAAGGCCCAAGAGAUAGCUGCGCGGAAUCGCCAAUCCCUUGAAGCGAUUCAUCUCGACUGUUCGAAGGUAUUGCGCAAGGCUAAGGAGGAACGUGCAAUGCGCAAAAGGCGUUUGGCGGACACCAUAACGAGGAUUAACCGAAGCGAUCUGCUCUUUAAAUGCAGUGUGGCUAACUCAGAAAGAUUGAACAGUUUGUGCGGCAUAAUGACCGCCAGUGCCACCAAGGCUGUUGGCGACCAGGCUAGGACAGAAGGCGAAGUGAAGAAACCCUCUGUAGAAUUUUCACUUGGCUCUAGUCCGACUACUACCGUCCCCAACCAAAACAGAUUUUUCAUGGGUUACCCGAUUUGCACCUCCACUCCCCGACAGUCCUUUCUUACCAGCAGAAAUCGAAUCUGCGGUGACUCUUCUGCGUCCAUCGCAGCCUUGUCCACCCCCAGUGACGACGUCUCCUCGGAGACCAGGCUUCCAGAUGGUUCGCAGUAG